AUGAGUGGAGAUGUCUUAUAUCUUGAGCUGAAGCAAAAAUGUGGUACUAAUUAUAGGUGUAACUGCAAAACACAACCUAAGACUAUCGAAACUAUUCGAGUGCCUAAUAGUCCCACAAAAGGAUUUACUAAGUGUACUCACAGGAUUUCAGGGGGAAAAUCAUUUAAUUUAAAGGACGUAAAGUAUGAUAGUGUUACUAACAAACCAAGUGGACCAAUACCAGGAGUCAUUGAAGUAACGGUAUACUAUGAUAGUGAUUCAAAACCUUACAUUAUUGAGCUCCAUAAGGAAUCCAAAAACAAAGAAUACUAUGUCAAUACUAAACCCUCAAACGAAGAUUAUAGUAACGAUAUUUGGACUCAAGAUUAUACCAUUUCCACUUACAAAGAUCUCAUAAAUAUACUAGAAGAACUGAGCUGUAAAUUUGCCAACUCCGUAGUGCUGGAUACCUUCAAGGAUAAAUCUAGAAGUAAUUGUAAAUCUAGAAAGGUUGGAUUAAAGGGUACCUUUUUUGGAGCUGACCAGGAUUUCUAUGAGUUCAAACAACAUUCUCAACAUGGAAAAUCUUUCAAGGUACCUUACUUGAAAUAUAAUGAUAGGGAGCUUCCCAUAACUUUUACUAGCAAAGGAAUCCAAGAGAUAACAAGUAUCUACUGGAAACAUAAUUUCGGAAGACCUCUUGUUAUAAAGGUAGUUGAUGAGGAUGGAGACACAGAAUACUAUUUUAACAGUGACGGAGGAACUUGGGAAAAGAAGGAUGCAAAAGAUGUUAAAGAACUCAAGAACACAGUGGUUGAACAUAACUGUAGACGCAACAAAGUCACAAUCAUUGAUCUUUCCAGAAAAAAUGAGGAAUACUGCUGUACUAAAGAUUGUGAGAAUAAGAGAAUAAAGGUUAUAAAAUCAUCAGAUGCAUAUAAAGGGUUUUCCAUAUACGAACACUCCUCAAAGGAUGGGUUCCCAUUCAAUAUAGACAAGAUAGUAAGUAAGAAUGAGAAGCAAAAGGGUAUUAAAUAUCCUAUUAGAGAUGUUUAUACUGUUACAGUUUAUUAUGCCACACCUUGUGAAAGUGAACCAAUUUUUAUGGAUAUUAAAUAUGCAUAUGAUGAACUUUUGGAUAAUAAGUGGUACAAGCGUAUCACUAAAAAUGGCUGGGAUGAUAAACUAAGCAUUCCAGAUACAUAUGCUGAGAUUAACGAGGAACUGCGAAAUAAUUUUAAGACAGUAGCUACCUUGCUAACAAGUGACUGUAGUCCUAACAGCCUUCCUAGAGAUGGUGCUAUUCCUAGAAAAGAACCAGAACCUAAAACGUUUUCUUCCCCAGAAAAGGUGUUUGAAGAUCUAAAGAUACAAGCUAUAAGUAGUGAAUUUCCUAUUCCAAAAGGACCUAAGGAGCAGGAUGCUGAAGACAGGCAACUUAAAGGAUUACAGUCUCCUAAGAAACUAAAUGAACUGCGGGGAAAUCCCAAAACAACUUCUAUAACUCCUGAUAAACUAGCUCCAAUAGUAAAGAAAGUUCUAGAGGAAAAUAUAAAGGCUAAAGGAGCUACUCCUUCCCAACUUGCAUUUUUGAAAGCCGUUUCACCUGGUGUCACCAUAGACAUAAAGGAGAACACUGAUGGAACGGACUAUUCUAAGACCUAUAACUAUGGAGGACUCGGUGAUAAAGAUGUUAAGCUGACCAAGAAAGAAGAUCCUCCUGGUUCUGGCUUCUUUAAAUUCACACAUAAACCACAAAGUGGAGUAGGAUCUUUCAAGGUUGAAAAGGUAAAUUUUGGAAAGGAUGGUAAGAGUUCCCCACCUAAUCAGUUACAAUUUGACAAAGGUGAUAAUAUUAAACAUCUUGUAGUAUGGUAUUGGGGUCAAGAUAGUAGUUUAAACACUCCUCUUUUGGUAGAAGUGAAGAAGGAUGAUGGAACUUUUAUUUAUAGCGCGAAUAAAGGUCCUAGUUGGCAACCAUUUAAUAUAAGACCCCCUCUAAUUCCCACUAUUCAACUCCAAGACGAACCCCUUGAGAAGGUCUUAGAUGACCUCAACUGUUCACUCAACCAAGCUGUUACCAUGGAUAUUUCUUAUGAUAAAAACGGGCCAUAUUGUUGUGAUAAUGGUCAUAAUAAGGUUCAAGUUAGUUCUGAAAAUAUCACAAUAAGUUCUAAGUCUCUGGUAGGAGGUGGUAAAAAAUUUAUAGACUACCAUACUCACUCCAUUACCAAUAAUGGAGCUCAACUUGCAAAGAUUAAAUGCUAUGAACGUAGCAAUCAUGAUCCAAGGAAAAGAAUAUCAUUUCUAGGAUUACCUUUCCCCAUCCAAGAUCCGAUUAGUAUUACUGUCUUCUAUUGCCAAAAUAAACCAGUACUCAUUUAUUUACCAAAUAAAAGUCCGGGAAAACAGUGGUUUAAAAAACCUGAUAAUAGUAGUAUUAAUAGUUAUGAUGAACAGUGGAAAGAAGUAAAUGAGCUCACAGGUCUAACACCUGAUAGUGCUAAUAGAAACUGUAACAAUUGGAACCAAGUUAAGAAUAUACUAAAUAAGUUUGGAUGUAACACUGGAACGUGCUCCAAUAAUCCUGGAUCUCAAUUUUCUAAUAGUCACACAGGAGUGAACUUUCAGGCUCAAGUACCACCUCCACCAGAAGUAACCAUAGAUCUCUCACAAAACCAAAAGGCAGAUGAAAAUCCCGCUGAAUAUAAAUACAAUGGUAAGGAGAUUAAAGUCAAAAGAUCUAAUGAGCCACGUGGAUCUGACUUCUUCAAGUACAUACAUAUUCUUGAGACUGGAGGACCGGGAUUCACGCUAAAGGAAAUCCAGGGUGAUGAUGGCAAUCCUACUAAUGGGAUUCCUAUGAAUAUUAGUGUCUUAUCAGUUUCUGCCUAUUACUGGCAGCAUAAGACAGAUAGUGCUCUCUUGGUAGAGAUUAAAAUUGAUGAUGGUAAUACAAAAUACUAUAGAAACAACCGAAAUGGUAAAUGGACACUUCAUAGUAUUGAAGACUCUAAAAAAGGACUUACUAAAGAGGAGUUAGACUUGCUCAAUUGUGAGAUUAAUGACGCAGUUAUAAUUGAUGUUGGAAAACGGAGUAAUUAUGAUGCUUGUAAUGAACGAGAUAAUAGACCAAAUUAUAAGCAUACUAACGACAAGAUCCUUGCCUUCAAAGAUGUUGAUUCAUCAAAAAAUUUACUGAGCUACCAAGUCUACACUCACAAACUGAGGACUAUUGGUAUAUUUACACAACGAUUCCACAUAACAGCUUUUAAAGAUUCUCAUAGAGGGAAUCUAAGUGGAUUACCCACACCAAUCCUAGAUGUAAAAGAGGUUAAGGUUUACAUGUGUGGUGAUAGACCCUUAUUGGUCUACAUAGAUUCUAAAGACACUGAGAUUUCUGUCAGAAAGUGGUAUAAAUAUGAAUCUGAGAUGAAGUGGACGUGGGCGGUAUAUCUAUCGUCGCAUACUCCAAAGUCUUCCGGUGCCUAUAACGACGUUCUUAAAGUACUAGACGGAUUGAAUAGUAUAUGCGCACCUCCUUCUGUAACCAUUGAUAUUGAAAAAAAGAAAGGUCGAUAUAGAGAUCCUAAUUCCUCUAGGAGAGUAAUGAUAUGGAUUGAAAAGACCGAAUGCCUAAGCAAAAAAGGAGGCUCUCCAUCACAUUAUACUAGGUACGAUCACCAAGUUGUUGGCAGAGAAGAUAGUUAUUUUACACUUUCUGGGCUUGUAUAUGGAGGUAGUGGCAUUACUCUGAAAGGAGGAGAUACUCCUAUGGAGAAUGUCACUUCAGUCUCUGUCUACUAUUGGCAUCAUCUUCCUAAUGGGAGGCCUUUACUCUUAAAGAUUGAGCAAGCUAAACAUAAGAGUUAUCCGUCUGGACCAAAGACUGUUACUUGGUACAAAAAUACUGGUAUAGAUGAUGGAAACUUGAAUUGGGGGCCUACCUCUGUAGAUACAGCUAAUAUUGAGACUAAGCUUGACCACCAAAACUGCAAACUCAACAAUGCAGUGGUAAUAGAUGUUAGUAUUAGGGAUAAGACUUAUGAUGCCUGUGAUAGGAAGGAUUUGGACACUCAUAGUGAGACUAAAAUGACAGUUUCUGAAGAUGCUUCUAACCCUAGUCUUGGAGGGUACAAGGUUUAUAUCCACAAGCUCAAAGAUGGUUCACAUGGACAGAAGUUUCAUGUGGUUGGAUUCAAGAAUGAUUCCAGUUCAAUAACACUACCCGGAAUUGGGCCAACUACUGACAGACCCAUUCUUGAUGUGAGCGAAGUGAGAGUCUACUUUUGCCAGCAAGAACCUAAAAAGCCAUUACUAAUAUACUACCAUAUCUCUAAUGGAGGAUCACCUGAACAUCACUUGUACAAAAACACUAGUAAAGGUACUGAAAGUAAUUUUGGUGAAUGGGAAAAUGCAGGGUUACUUAACACUGAUGGACCAGAAAAGCACAAAGAAAUCCUCGAUGUACUCAAUACCCUUGAUAGCAAAUGUAGAGUUGCUACUCAAGGUACUACUUCUAAACUUACUGAAAUUCUUACUAUUCCUGCUAGUAUAGCUGGAUACUUUUUUGCUGGAACUGCAGGAUCCGCUGCAACAUUCUUUGGAGGAUGGAAACUUUAUAACCGCUAUAAAGGAGACCCUUGGGUUAGACAGAUUUAA